UACCAUAGGCAAAUUACAAACGACAGGGAGAGUAGCGGUAGCCCGGAAGUAAGCGCUAGCCCGGAAGAAGCAACCGGACAUUUUCCCGCUUGCUACACCGUUUUGUUGGCCAUUUGACAUGUUGGCUAGGAUGACACGACAUUUGCACGCAAGCUAACAGUUAUAAGCGGUCCCCGCGGCCGCGUACCAUGGAAGAAGACUUGUUGGACGAAGUCUUGGGGGAGGACGAGGGCGAGGAUGCGGGCGAAGUCUUCGCUCUGCAGCGUCUGCGCCUGGCGCCCAAGUCGGAGGAGCAGCCCCAGGAGGAGUCCAGCAAGAAAAAGGACAAGGCGGCAGCGGCCAAAACCGCCAAGCGCAAAAAGCCGCUGCCUCCAAUCCGAAUCAACCUGAGCGCCUGUAAAUACGAAGUUUUGCGUAUCGUGCAGCGCAAGCUGGGCUGGAAGGAGGUGGGCGACGAAGAUGACUGGGAGCUGUACUGGACGGACACGUCUGUCAGUAUCGAGCGCAUCAUGAAGCUCACAAAGAUCCAGAAGAUCAACCACUUCAGCGGCAUGCUGGAGAUCUGCCGCAAACGCGCCAUGGCCCGCAACCUCAUGAAGAUGGCCAAGGCCUUCCCGCAGCACUUUGACUUCUUCCCGCGUACCUUUGUCCUGCCCAGCGACCGCGAGGACUUCCUGGCGGACGUGCGCUCUCGCGGCAAGAAGCAGGUGUACAUCCUCAAGCCCGACGCGGGCUGCCAGGGCCGCGGCAUUCGGCUGGUGCAGGGCGGCAAGGAGGAGGUUGUGGCGCGCGUGCUGGGCGAGAUGGCCAGCCCCAACGUGGUGGCGCAGCACUACCUUUAUAACCCCAUGCUCAUCCACGGCUACAAGUUCGACCUGCGCAUCUACGCGCUGGUGCUGUCCUGCGACCCGCUGCGCGUGUUCCUGUUCCAUGAGGGCCUGGCGCGGUUCUGCACGGAGAAGUACUCUCCGCCCAAGGCCAGCAACCUGGACGUGGCGUUCAUGCACCUGACCAACUACGCCGUCAACAAGAAGAACGAGGCGUUUGUGAGCGCGGCGGCCGCCUCCGCGGACGGCAGCGACGACGCCAGCAAGUGGUGCCUGGCGCAGCUGAGGCACUACAUCGAGAGCACUGGCGCCAGCUACGACCAGGUGUGGGGCGACAUCGCCGACCUGAUCAUCAAGUCGCUGUGCUCGGUGCAGCCCGUCCUGCGCAACAACUACCGCUCCGUGCUGCCGCCAGACAACGACGGGUUCAGCUGCUUUGAGAUCCUGGGCUACGACGUGAUGCUGGACGACGCCAUGCGGCCCUGGCUGAUCGAGGUCAACCACUCGCCCUCGUUCAACAUUGACUCGCCGCUGGACCUGGCCAUUAAGGAGGAGCUCAUCACGCAGACCAUCGACCUGGUGCGUGUGGACCCCAAGCUCAUCGCCAAGGCCAAGAAGGCGGAGCGCCGCGCCGCCGCCAGCCGCCUGCUGGAGCCCAUGCACGUCAAGAAGCCGCCCGUGGGCGCGCGGCCGGGCGCAGGCGGCGCGGUGGGGGCGGCGGGGGCAGCGGCUGAGGAGGACAAGGACGCGGCGGCCAAGGAUGCGGCGGCCAAGCCGAGGACGCCGGAGGAGUACGAAGCCUGGAGGGCCAAGGUGCUGGCUGCUCGUGAGCGCUACGAGUCCAAGCACGCUGGCAACUUUACACGCAUCUUCCCCUCGCCAGACCCCGCCAAGCAGGCGCUUUACGAGGAGCUGCUGAGGGGCGCACAAGAGAUCUACCAGGCGUCCUUCCAGUCGCGCUCCGCCAAGCCGGCCGAGAAGAAGAAGGAGGACUUGGAGACCGAGUCGCAGAAGGCGGAGCGGCUCAAAGCCAAGGCGCACCGAGACCGGCUGGCGCAGAUGGCGGUGGAGAGGCGCAAAGCCAAGAUGCACCAGGCGGCUGCGGCGGCAGGCCAGGCCGGGCCUGGCGCCGGCCUGCCAGCCUACCUCAGCCCGCCGCCCUUCCUGUCGCCACUACCGGCGCCCGGGUCCGGUGGGUUGGUGGUUGGCGGCGGCGGCACACCACAGUACGCGCCGCUGCCGCCGGGCAGCACGGCGGGCGCGUUUGCGUACGGCGACGCGAGCGCCUUCCAGCAGCACCAGCUGUACAUGCAGCAGUACCAACAGUACCAACAGUACCAGCAGCAGUACGGCGUGGCGCACUACACUGGACCCGUGCCGCUGGGCGGCGGGAGCACUGGCAGUGCCGGCCAGCCUGGCGGCGGCGCCAGCGCGCCGCCAGUGGCAGGCGGCGGGAUAGGGCCGCGCACGUCCGAGGUGUAUGGGGAGCGCAGCGAUGGCUUCGGCAGCGCCGCCAGCAGCCGACCCAUCUCGGCCAUUAGCGCCGCCAGUGGCGCCGCCGCCGUCACCGCCGCUGAUGUGGCGGCGCUGUCGGGGCAUCUGGCGGCGGCGGGGCUGCACCACGGCGGCGGCGGCAGCGCUUCCAGUGUUCAGGCGCCGCUGGUGCGGAUCUACUCGGGGCACAUGGCGCGAGCCGCCAGCGCCUCGGCGGGGCGGGCGGGGUCGCCAGCGGCGGGGCACCCAGGCGGCGGCGGCGGCAGCGGCAGCGGGCGCAACAGCCCGUCUUUGGCGGCGCAGCAACAGCACGCGGCGGGAGGGCAGCAGUACUAUCUGCAACCCCAGGCGCAGUUGCAACAGCAACAACAACAAUACCAAACACAACAACAACAGGGGGCUUUGCCCCCGAACCCCUUUCUCGGAGGGGGAACCUCCACACUGGGACCUCGCCGGCCCGCCUCAGCCGCAAGCGCAGCUCGCGAAGCAGCUCUCAGCGGGCUCUCAGCCGCCGCCGCUAACGCCGCGGCGGGCAGCGAAUGGAGCCAGCAUUACGUCACCGAUGCGUCAGGCGCCGCCGCGCUCGCCGCCGCUGCCGCCGCCGGCGUCGCCGCCCCAGGUCGGGGCGGCGCUGGCGGCGCCCGCGCGGCUUCACCCGCGGCGUCUCUCUCUCCGGGAGCACCUGGCGCCGCCGGGAACACCGCCGCAGGGCCUGCACCAGGGACCGCCUUUGGCCGCGCUUCCCUUCUCGGCCUCGGCUCUGCCGGCGGCGGCGGGCUGCCCCACACCACCGCCCUUCAGCAGCUCCAGCAGCUACAGCAGGCCGCCGCCGCACUCGCCCUCUCGCAAUCAGCUGGGGCCGCAGGCGGCGGGCCAGGUGCAGGGGCAGGGCUUGGGGCUGCUGUCGGCGGCGUGGGCGUCGGACACGGGCUCUCUGUGGGAAGCGCCCACAACCACAUCAAGCACACACACGGCGGCACUGCUGAGGCUGCCGGAGCUGCUGCAGGGGUCGGCGAUGGGCUCAGCACCGCGGAGUCCUGGCCGGGGGAGGGGCCGGGGCCGGCCGGUGGCUCCGGGCCGGGGCGCGGCAGCCUCCACAUCAACGGCAGCCGACCGCCUUCCGCCGCUACUGCCAGUCUACGGGACAAGCUACAGCCCGGGGGCCCCAGCGCCGCCGCAUCAGCCGCAGUAGCAGCAGCAGUGGCGGCCAGCGCCGCAGGCCGUGGCGGCGGCGGCAGCUCCGGCUUAAGCCGCCGCCAGUCGCUGUCCAUGUCGGCGACGCUGGCAAACGCCGCCGCCGCGGCCGCCGCCGCGGCCAACUCUUGGGAUGCCGCCAUGGCCGCCGCCGCAGCGGCAACGGCGGGCCAAGACGCGGCGGCGGUGCUACAGUACCUGGGCUCGCGGCCGCGGCCGCUCAGUGCGGGACACGGCCUGCGGCCGACGUCGGCUGGGGGCGGGCGGCGGUCGCCGUCGCCGCUGGGUGGCGGCGGCUCCACCGCCACUGUGGCGGCGCUGGCGGCACUGAGCGCCAAUGGCGCUUUGGCGAGUGGCGGCGGCGGCGGCGGCGGGUCCAGUGGAGCUCCGGGGCCAGAGCUGUACUACAGCCAGCCGUACAGCGGCGGUAAUGCGGGUACGGCAGUGUCGGGGCCCACAGCCCAGAGCCCCAAGCUGGCGUCGCUUGGCCGCACCUCCAGUAACCCGACCGGGCCGGCGUCACCGCGCUCGCCUUCGGUCAGCGGCGUUGCUGGUGCGGGUGCCGGCGGCGGCGGCGGGCCAAUGAGCGCGUCAGGCGUGUACGGCAUGUACGAAGGCGGGGCCGGGGGCGCGGGCGCGGCCGGCGGCGUGGGCGUGGGCUCGUCGGGCCGCGUGUACAAGCAAACCCGCGUGCCGGGUCUGCCCGCGCCGCACAUGUCGGUGCCCUUGAAGGGCAUCGGCAGCGCAAAUGGCGCAGGCGCGGGCAUGGGGGCUGCGGGCGCAGUGCAGCGGCCCUCAGCCGCGGCGCCGCCCGCACUGCCUGCCUAUGAUGACGACGCCGACGGUGUGGACGGAGGGCUGACGUACCAGCCCCUGGCCAUACCGGACGUCGCUGGCGGCGGCGGUGGCGGCGCAGGCGGCGGCGGCGGCGCAGGUGGCGGCGGGGGUCGCUACUGGUCGGCGACGACUGCAACCAUGGGGUCGCCAGUGGCGCCCGGCAGUGCCCGGCAGCGCUCCUUCAUCGCCACUGCCUCGACGUCGGCAGCAGCGGCGUCGGGGCUGGGAGCAGGGGGCGGUGGUGUCAACAGCGGGCCGCUGCCGGGCCGCCUGCCCGUGUACCCGCCCUCAGGCGGCGGCUAUGCGGGGCCGCGGGCGGCUGGGGCGCCGGCGUCAGGCCGGCCCGGCGCAGCCGGGGGCACCAAGGCAGGGGCCGGAGCCGGCGUGCGUGUGAACUCGGCCCUGGCGGCGGUGCUGACAGGUGCUGGCGGUGGCGGCGCCGCCGCCGCCGCCACAGCGGGGCUGAUGGUCAGCGGCGGCAGCCCUGUGGCGUCACGCGGCGGCGGGGGCUCGGUGUUGGGUGCGGGCGGGGGGCUGCAGGGUGGGCUAGAGGGACUGCAGGUGUCGGCCCUGGGGCUGGGGCUUGGACCGGACCUGGAUGCGCAGAUGCGGAACGCGGCAUUGCAGUCGCUGAACCGGCGCGCGCUGACCGUCACAGGCAAGAAGGUGGGAACCUAGUGUCAUGCCAGGGCAGCGGACUGGCGUGCGCCAGCGCACGGAUGGGCGUUGUUGCGGGUCAAGUCCGUGAAGACUGCUAGGCUUGGUCUUGGAGUGCUCGGACGACGUGAUUUGGCGUGCGAUUGCUGUAUUCUUAUGUAUGUGCAUACAUGCGUUUUGCAUGAGGCCCGGACCCUGCGCAUGCGCGGGCGUGUUUGGACGAGGACAGCUGCGACAGUGCGGUGCACAUCUUUCGUGAUAAUCUUGCAAGUGUCUGGAGCUCUUAGGGAGUGCUGGUGCUACCCACGACUUCUACCUCCGCCAAGUGAAUACGGUACAUAGGAGUCAGCAGUGUGUUGCUUGCCGAUUGUGAUACAACAGGCGCAGGGCUGUACGUAAGUAGAAGCGCGUAGACGAAGUCUAGGUUUGCCUGGUGCGAGGACGGCGCCAGCAGCAACCAACCUAGCAGGCGACGUCGGACAGGACAUGGAGUUGGACGUGGACGGGCAUGUGCACUGACUGUUCUGACUUGCUGUGGUGUGCAUUCCAGUGAUGUAGUUAUACACGUUCGCCUGGGAGUCAAGACUUGGGUAAUGGGUACUUCAACAAGAUUCGCAUGGGAGAAGUGGGCUGCGCAGGCGCACGUCGAUCGCGCUUUCGUGAACGUCCACCCGCUGGGACCAGAGCGUGCCCUGCCAUUGCAAAGUGUUUGCCAUCUGCUGGGGUCUGGGCGUCAGUUGAACCCUACGUGACUCCCCAACCUGCCUAAACACUGUCCCAUCGCAAACCCGCUGGCGUGGGACGGUUAGUCUCCCCGUACCAUCAGCCAGCCCACUGACGCACCGUCAAUUUUGCGAAUGCUUAUUAUUUUGCUUCGUUUACGCCUAUUUCGGGUGAAUACCUGUUAGGGAUGUGCUGACAGCUGAGUACACGACUCCA